UCAUUACCAUGUCUGAACUGUAACAACUCUCAGAGGAGCAUUGCCCGUCAGACAGCAACUCAGAGAAUAACCAGAGAACAACCAGAUUGAAACAAUGGAGGAUCUUUGUGUGGCAAACACACUCUUUGCCCUCAAUUUAUUCAAGCAUCUGGCAAAAGCAAGUCCCACCCAGAACCUCUUCCUCUCCCCAUGGAGCAUCUCGUCCACCAUGGCCAUGGUCUACAUGGGCUCCAGGGGCAGCACCGAAGACCAGAUGGCCAAGGUGCUUCAGUUUAAUGAAGUGGGAGCCAAUGCAGUUACCCCCAUGACUCCAGAGAACUUUACCAGCUGUGGGUUCAUGCAGCAGAUCCAGAAGGGUACUUAUCCUGAUGCGAUUUUGCAGGCACAAGCUGCAGAUAAAAUCCAUUCAUCCUUCCGCUCUCUCAGCUCUGCAAUCAAUGCAUCCACAGGGGAUUAUUUACUGGAAAGUGUCAAUAAGCUGUUUGGUGAGAAGUCUGCGAGCUUCCGGGAAGAAUAUAUUCGACUCUGUCAGAAAUAUUACUCCUCAGAACCCCAGGCAGUAGACUUCCUAGAAUGUGCAGAAGAAGCUAGAAAAAAGAUUAAUUCCUGGGUCAAGACUCAAACCAAAGGCAAAAUCUCAAACUUGUUACCUGAAGGUUCUGUAGAUGGGGAUACCAGGAUGGUCCUUGUGAAUGCUGUCUACUUCAAAGGAAAGUGGAAAACUCCAUUUGAGAAGAAACUAAAUGGGCUUUAUCCUUUCCGUGUAAACUCGGCUCAGCGCACACCUGUACAGAUGAUGUACUUGCGUGAAAAGCUAAACAUUGGAUACAUAGAAGACCUAAAGGCUCAGAUUCUAGAACUCCCAUAUGCUGGAAAUGUUAGCAUGUUCUUGUUGCUUCCAGAUGAAAUUGCUGAUGUGUCCACUGGCUUGGAGCUGCUGGAAAGUGAAAUAAACUAUGACAAACUCAACAAGUGGACCAGCAAAGACAAAAUGGCUGAAGAUGAUGUUGAGGUAUACAUACCCCAGUUCAAAUUAGAAGAGCAUUAUGAACUCAGAUCCAUUCUGAGAAGCAUGGGCAUGGAGGACGCCUUCAACAAGGGACGGGCCAAUUUCUCAGGGAUGUCGGAGAGGAAUGAUCUGUUUCUUUCUGAAGUGUUCCACCAAGCCAUGGUGGAUGUGAAUGAGGAGGGCACUGAAGCAGCCGCUGGCACAGGAGGUGUUAUGACAGGGAGAACUGGUCAUGGAGGCCCACAGUUUGUGGCAGAUCAUCCUUUUCUUUUCCUUAUUAUGCAUAAAAUAACCAAGUGCAUUUUAUUUUUUGGCAGAUUUUCCUCACCCUAAAACUAAGCAUGCUGCUUCUGCAAAAGAUUUUUGUAGAUGAGCUGUGUGCCUCAGAAUUGCUAUUUCAAAUUGCCAAAAAUUUAGAGAUGUUUUCUACAUAUUUCUGUUCUUCUGAACAACUUCUGCUACCCACUAAAUAAAAACACAGAAAUAAUUAGACAAUUGUCUAUUAUAACAUGACAACCCUAUUAAUCAUUUGGUCUUCUAAAAUGGGAUCAUGCCCAUUUAGAUUUUCCUUACUAUCAGUUUAUUUUUAUAACAUUAACUUUUACUUUGUUAUUUAUUAUUUUAUAUAAUGGUGAGUUUUUAAAUUAUUGUUCACUGCCUAUUUAAUGUAGCUAAUAAAGUUAUAGAAGCAGAUGAUCUGUUAAUUUCCUAUCUAAAAAAUGCCUUUACUUGUUCUGAUAAUGAAGAAUAAAUAGGUAUCCCUCCAUGCUCUUCUAUAAUAAAUAUCUGGAAAAAACAUUAAACAAUAGGCAAAUAUAUGUUAUGUGCAUUUCUAGAAAUACAUACCACAUAUAUAUGUCUGUAUCUUAUAUUCAAUUGCAAGUAUAUAAUAAAUAAACCUGCUUCCAAACAACAA